AUGUCUCUUAUCAAAGCAUUUGGUUCUUUGACCAUUCAAUCGCGUUCCUAUGUAAGUGCUCGUGUUCUCCACCCCAAGCAAUUCACUAGCAUUUUGCAGGACGUUCCUGUAAGACCUCGUAGUGGUUGGCAAUUGUACAUGAACGAGAACCUUCGCAACUUUAAGGACCCCAGCAAUAACAACAAAGUUGAUUUGAAAAAGGCCAUGCAGGAGUUGAGUGCUAGCUGGAAGGCCAUGCCAGAAGCUCAAAAGAAGGUGUAUAAUGAGAAAUUUGAGGCUGCUGCAAAGCUUCACGAUGACAGCAAAACAAAGGCUCUACUCAAUGCCACAUCAAAGCAGAUCAAAGAAGAGAAUGGCUUGAGAAGAAAAUACAAUCUGCCCCUCUUGAGAGAUCCCAGACAGCCCAAGCGUUCCAAAAACAGUUUUUUGUUGUAUCUCGACCAUCUAAAGGCUACUGACGACCCAUUUAUCCGCAAGAGUUAUGGCAAAGACAUGGUUGUUGAAGCUGGAAAAAAGUAUAGAGCCCUUAGCGAAGCUGAGAAGAAUGUCUACAGAGAGCAAGCAAAGGCUAUCCAGGACAAAUACAAUCAGGAAAUGCACAAAUACUACGUAGAGAAUGGUCUUCGUAACGAAUAA